CCGCCCAGAAUCCCCUUCGUUACUUCAUAAUAAAUACACUGUCAAGACACUGUACUGACGCCAAGUCUGCUAAUGAGUUAAAGCGUCAAAGCUCAUCUAAUCUUCAACAAUCUUAUUUAGUCUAAUUUUACCUUGCGUUGAUGUAUUGGAACAUCACGUAGACAAGCAAACGAAUAGUUGUACUGGUGCCUCCGUCGAAAAGCGGAAGAAAAACACAAUGUCAGGACCAAAUGGAGAUCCUGACAUUUCCAUUGACGAUGGCAUCAUCGAGGACGACGAUGACUUUAAUAACGAGGAGUUUGCAGCAAUCAACUCCAUGCUGGACCAGAUCAACUCGUAUCUCGACGGGCUGGAGGAGAAAAACGAUGCCCUCAACAGCAAAAUGCAUGAACUCCUUGAGUCCAAUCGACAAGCCCGGCUGGAGUUUCGAGCCCAGCUGGAAGAUCUGCCUCCCGAGGAUGAUCACCCCUGUUCGUAAGGCACGGAUGUAGACCACAAUGAAGAUACAAGAGAGCUUUGCAACUGAACAGGAACUCGUUAGUGCAAUUAUCAUCAGAAGAACCAAGAUACGUUUUUGAGUGUAUUUGAAAUGUGUCAUAAAAAUCCCUAAUAUAGAUACCCCGCCCCUAAAUGUGACUUAGUAACACAGGCCAGCUUCCUGUUUUGCUUGCAUUCCCUGUAUCUGUAAUGUGUGUAUAUAUAUAUAUGUGGCAAAUUUAAGUAGAAAAGUUCUCUGUUCAUACGGUCUAAAAAAAUAUACAUCACUGCAAGGAAUUGUUGGGCUGUUUUAAUAUAAAUUAAAAUGACAUCGGGAAAAAUACAUUUUAGAAAACAUUAAGUCUUGAUUUCACUUUUGUCAGUAGCUGAAUAAAAACACAGUCUUGAGAAACAAACAAAAAACCCUUUUGCUAGUCAUGUGCUAAGUCACCAUGGUGAUGUCAAGCUUUGCUACAUGUGUGAGCAAGACUUGAUGACUCUAAAUAACCAUAAAUGAGGAUGAAAUGUUUGUGGGACAGUUGAGGAUGAAGUGAUGCAUUAGAACCUUAAGAACAGAAUAAUAA